AUCCGUGGUAUGAGGGCGCUGUAGUGCGCUGCAAUAUCGGAAGCAACGUCUUGUUCUACUUUCACAUAACGCUAGUAGAUCUCGUUUAUGUAAGAUGCGUAACUUGUGCAAGUAUGUCAAAGUUGUCAACAAAAGAGCAGAUUGAAUGUAGAAAACUGAUAGCUUUAUUACCCCUGGACGACUUGUUUGCCCUGAAGGAUACAGUAACGAACCGACUGAUUGCUGUAGAGAGCUCCGAAGAAGCCAUUGAGGCUAUAAUAGCGUACUCACAAGAUGCGGAGGAGCUCCUCAAGAGAAAGAAAGUGCAUCGAGAUGUCAUUUUUAAGUAUCUUGCCAAUGAAGGAGUUGUCAUGGUCCCUAAUACAGAGAAACGUCAGCUGAUCAGGAAGACCAUUGAGAUUUGGUCUUCUGGUGAGAUAUCAAAACCUGAGAGGAAUACAAACAAUUCCUAUGAGGUUGGAGAUGGUCUAUCAGACCUUAUAGCAUUGGGAAAACAGUUUUGCCAGUGGUUCUUCUGCCUUCUGAACUCUCAGAACCCCAAUCAAGGACAUCCAGCACAGGACUGGGGAUCUCAACAUUUCUGGGAGAAUGUGAGACUUCGGCUUCUCUUGUGCACUGGAGAGCAGCGUGUUGAUGAGUUCAGUGGGGCAGAACUUGUCAGUAAGCGGCUUCAAGCUCUUGCAGAAGAAGAACGUCUGUUGUUCUGUCCAAACUUGGAAGGUCAUGGGUUAAAGUGUAUGUCCUCCCCUCAUGGACUAGUAUUAGUGGCCGUAGCAGGGACUAUCCACCGUGACAAUUCCUGCCUUGGGAUUUUUGAGCAAGUGUUUGGGCUCAUUCGCUCACCAAUGGACAAUAAUUUCUGGAAAAUAAAGCUUGUAAAUAUAAAAAUUGAAGCACAAAGUGCUGUUACAGACAGACAGUUACCAGUUGUCACAUGUGACAUGAAAGAGUUGCUGAGUCUUUGCAAUUGAGAGUCAGAAGUCCACACAAGGUCCAUUAAGAAAGGUUUGAUUUAAAAAAAAAAAAAAAAGGAUGAUUUACUGAUGCAUGGAAAGGGCUUUGUUGUGGGUUAUAUAUUUGUCUAUAAAACUCUUAUCUAGUUAUAAAUAUAGUUAGGAUUUAUUUAGUUAGGAGUCUUACAUUUUCGGUUGACCUAAAAGACAGUUUUCAAUAAGUUUGACAUCUAGCAAACCUCAGCUUAAUUAGUAAAAAGUUUUCUUUAUUUUACAGAAAUAUCAUUAUGAUAAAUAUAUAAAAUUUUUCUGGAAAUUGGCAUUUUAUUUUUGGCCAAACAAUAGAUUUUAUGUUUACUUUAACUUUAACUAUUAACUUUAAUCUUUUAGAUUAUAUGUGAAAUAUACAAGAUUGCCAUUUUAUUUUAUUUAGAUUUAGCUUAAUUAUAUUGAGAUCUUUAUUAAUUUUUAUUACAUGUGGUUGAUGUUCCUCCAAAUUAUUGUAACAGUUUUAGAGAUAAGUGGUGUUAAAUUCUCAUAAUAUAAGCCUCAUGAUCAUCAGCUCUGUAGCGUUAAUGCAGAAGGAGUGUUUUAGACUUUUCGAUCCUUAUGGGAAUAAGGUACCUUUUUUGGUCUUUGAGAGGCGAGAAGGAAGUUCUUUGACUCAUCAGGCCCUAAUUGGGCAGUUGAUGUAGCUGCAUUUUUCUCUGGAGGAAUAUGUAAGCGAAUAUGAGCUGAGCUGGGAGGGGUGGUUAUUACCACAGCAAUGUGUGGUUUUAGUGGGGAAUGUUAUAUAUGGGAAAUUAUUCUUGGCGUUUGCUUCAAAGCUUGACGCUUCGAUAAUGUCUUUACUUGAGCUGUUUUUAAUGCCACAGAGUGCCAUAGUGGUGGCAAAAAACGCCACCACAGUCAUUGAUCUUUUUCCUGUUCACCUCCCCGAAAGAAAAAUAACAAGCUCUUCGCCUUAUGUCUUUAUAGCCUCUUUCUUUUAAUAGGUGGUUUGGCCGAACUCACAGUUAUGACAUGCAGGUUCAAAUAUACAGUUCACUGGCAUCUGUGGAUCAUUGUCUUUAAUGGAGAAGUGUGUUUCUCAUAAAGGACAUGUUAACAUCUUGAUGCUAAAUCUCUCAGAUAUGUUUUUGUAAUAACCAACAAACUUUUUAAUUGGCAAGUCAAUUGUUUCUUUUGAUUGAUACAUUUAAAUGAUUGCUUUUAAGCUUUAAAAUGAUCUUCGUCUUGUUUGUAGCAUAUUUAAGCAAAAUCAGAUUGGAUGGGUAUCAUUAAAACGAUUCUCUAGACAUUUAUCCUUAAGUCUGUUUUAUAGUGUUGGCUUUUUUACUGCUAAAAUGUGACCUGUUACAAAUUACAAUGGGGCUUGAAUGAUAAAGUGAAUAGAAAACAAACAGUUAAACUUAAACAAUUAGCUCUGUUAAUUUGACAUUAUACACAAUCUAUGUAUAUCAAAUUGUUACAAAAGUUGGACUUUAUUUUGUCACAAAAAUCAAUGAAAUGUCCACAUGGGGGCACAGUUGCACCACCAUUUGUGUCAAAUAUAAGAGGCAAAGCAAUCAUUUAAAGAAAUCAAUUUGUUUUAUUCAACCCCAAUGUUUUAUAGUGCUGUUCUUGUACCAAAGUGCAUUUUUUUUUACUUUAUUGCUGAUUGUUUGCUAGUAAAUCAAUCACAUCCUGAGUGUACUGUGAUUUCCUAAAUGAUUGCUUUUGGAUGCUAUGGUAAAGUAUAUUCAAAGGGGCCGCUAUUUAUUGAUGUGGAUGACAGUGUCCUUAGUAAAAUAAAUACAUGAAUAAAUAAACUUCUUGAACAAAGUAA